UCCGGCUGUCCGUGUGUCCGUGUGUCCGGCUGUCCAUCCGUCCAUCCCGGCUGCCAUCGGGCCGUGCCGGGCCCGCUGCUCGGCGGCGCCAUGAACCGGCCCAAGGCGGCGGCCGUGCGGCGGCCCAGCGCCGUGCCCAAGCCGUCCGCUCACCCKCCGCCCGGAGAUUUCAUCGCGCUGGGCUCCAAGGGGCAGAGCGGCGAGGGCAAGGCCGCCGUCACGCUGCUGAAGCCGGCGCCGCCCGGGCUGCCCUCGGAGCGCAAGCGGGACGCGGCCGCUGCCUUGGCCGGGCCCGCCGGGCUGCCCGGCCUCACCAAGCGGCCCAAGCUCUCCUCCACGCCGCCCCUCAGCGCCCUGGGACGCCUGGCAGAGGCGGCCGUGGCGGAGAAAAGAGCCAUCUCGCCCUCCAUCAAGGAGCCGUCUGUCAUCCCCAUCGAAGUUGUCCCCACGGUGCUGCUGGAUGAGAUUGAGGCAGCAGAAGCAGAAGGCAACGAUGACCGUAUUGAGGGSGUGCUGUGUGGAGCUGUGAAACAGCUGAAGAUGAACAGAGCCAAACCUGACACCACACUCUACCUGAGCCUUAUGUACCUGGCAAAAAUCAAACCCAACAUAUUUGCCACCGAAGGGGUUAUCGAGGCACUGUGCAGUUUACUCCGAAGAGAUGCCUCCAUCAAUUUCAAAGCCAAAGGGAACAGCCUUGUGUCUGUGUUGGCAUGCAACCUUCUCAUGGCUGCUUAUGAAGAGGAUGAGAACUGGCCAGAGAUCUUUGUCAAGGUAUACAUUGAGGACUCCCUUGGCGAGCGCAUCUGGGUGGACAGCCCUCACUGCAAGACAUUUGUGGAKAACAUCCAGACAGCUUUUAACACCAAGAUGCCUCCUAAGACCAUGCUCUUGCAUGGAGAAGUUGGACGCAGCGGAGGGGACCUUAGUGCUGGGAGUAGCCCACACCCUUCCAUGACAGAGGAGGAGGACAGCCAGAGUGAGCUGCUGAUUGCAGAGGAGAAAAUGAGCCCGGAGCMGGCAGGCCAGCUCAUGCCCAGGUAUGAAGACCUUGCAGAGAGUGUGGAGGAAUAUGUCCUGGACAUGCUUCGGGACCAGCUCAACCGGCGGCAGCCCAUGGACAAUGUCUCCAGGAACCUCCUCCGGCUGCUGACAGCAACCUGUGGCUACAAAGAGGUGCGUCAGAUGGCYGUGCAGAGGCUGGAGAUGUGGCUGCAGAAUCCAAAGUUGACCAAGCCAGCUCAGGACUUGCUGAUGUCAGUCUGUAUGAACUGCAACACCCACAGCUCUGAGGACAUGGAAGUUAUCUCCAACCUGAUCAAAAUUCGUCUCAAGCCCAAAGUCCUUCUCAACCAUUACAUGCUCUGUGUCAGAGAGCUGCUGAAUGCACACAGAGAUAAUCUGGGCACCACUAUUAAAUUUGUGAUUUUCAAUGAACUAUCAAAUGCAAGAAAUCCCAACAACAUGCAGAUCCUGUAUACUGUGCUUCAGCACAGCUCAGAGCAGGCACCAAAGUACCUGGCAAUGGUGUUCCAGGACCUGCUGACCACCAAGGAUGAUUACCUGCGAGCUUCACGGGCUCUGCUGAGGGAGAUCAUCAAACAGACAAAACACGAGAUCAACUUCCAGGCUUUCUGUCUGGGUCUUAUGCAGGAAAGGAAGGAGGCCCUGUAUGCAGAGAUGGAAUUCAAGGAGMGGUUUGUCAUCCACAUAACCGACCUGCUAGCUGUCUCCAUGAUGCUUGGUAUCACAGCCCAGGUGAAGGAGGCUGGAAUUGCUUGGGACAAGGGAGAGAAAAAGAACCUGGAAGUGCUGCGCUCUUUCCAGAACCAAAUUGCUGCUAUCCAACGCGAUGCUGUCUGGUGGCUGCACACAGUUGUUCCAUCUAUCAGCAAGCUGGCUCCAAAGGACUAUGUGCACUGCCUCCACAAGGUGCUCUUCACAGAACAGCCAGAAACCUACUACAAAUGGGACAACUGGCCCCCUGAGAGUGACCGCAACUUCUUCCUGCGCCUGUGCUCCGAGGUGCCCAUCCUGGAGGACACCCUGAUGCGGAUCCUGGUGAUUGGUUUGUCMCGGGACCUGCCCCUGGGCCCUGCAGAUGCCAUGGAGCUCGCUGACCACUUGGUGAAGAGGGCAGCAGCUGUGCAGGCAGAUGAUGUCGAGGUCCUGAGGGUAGAAAGAAUCCAGCUGAUCGAUGCAGUCUUAAAUCUGUGCACUUAUCACCACCCAGAGAACAUCCAGCUACCCCCAGGGUACCAGCCUCCAAAUCUAGCUAUUUCUACUCUCUACUGGAAAGCCUGGCCUCUCCUGCUUGUAGUGGCUGCAUUCAAUCCUGAAAACAUUGGUCUGGCUGCGUGGGAAGAGUACCCCUCUCUCAAGAUGCUCAUGGAAAUGGUCAUGACCAAUAAUUAUUCCUACCCUCAAUGUACCUUGACGGAUGAGGAGACGCGCACAGAGAUGAUUAAUCGUGARCUCCAAAUCUCCCAGAGAGAAAAACAGGAGAUUCUUGCAUUUGAGGGUCAUCUGGCUGCUGCAUCCACWAAACAAACAAUUACAGAAAGCAGCAGCCUCUUGCUGUCCCAGCUGACAAGUCUGGACCCUCAGGGCCCCCCUCGCAGACCUCCACCACAUGUCCUGGAGCAGGUGAAGAGCCUGAAUCAGUCGCUUCGCUUGGGCCACCUUCUGUGUCGCAGUCGCCAUCCUGACUUCCUKCUCAACAUCAUUCAAAGACAGGCCUCAUCACAGUCAAUGCCAUGGCUGGCAGAUCUGGUUCAGUCCAGCGAGGGCUCCUUGGAUGUCCUGCCUGUGCAGUGCCUUUGUGAGUUCCUGCUUCAUGAUGCUGCUGAUGAAUCGACCUCAGGAGAAGAAGAAGAGGAGGGUGAGAGUAAGGACCAGCGUGCCAAGAAACGCCAGAGACAACAGAAACAAAGGCAGCUGCUUGGACGYUUGCAAGACUUGCUGUUGGGACCCAAAGCAGAUGAGCAGACAACCUGUGAGGUGCUUGACUACUUCCUGCGACGCCUGAGCUCCUCCCAGGUGGCUUCCCGGGUGCUGGCCAUGAAGGGCCUGUCCUUGGUGCUGUCAGAAGGAGGAAUGCGUGAUGGGGAGGAGAAGGAUCACCCCAUGGAAGAAGAUUCUGGCGAUUCUGAGCUGCUGCAGGGAUAUCAGUGGCUGCUGAGAGACCUCCCGAGGCUGCCCCUGUUUGACAGUGUGAGGGCCACGACAGCUCUGGCCUUGCAGCAGGCCAUCCACAUGGAGACAGAUCCCCAGACCAUCAGUGCUUACCUGGUGUACCUCUCCCAGCACGCCCCAGUGGAGGAGCAGGGACAGCACAAUGACCUCGCWCUGGAUGUAGCCAGACUGAUCGUGGAGCGYUCCACCAUCAUGUCCCACCUGUUCUCCAAGCUCUCCUACAGUGCUGAGUCAGAUGCUGUGCUCGUGGCUCUGCUCUCCAUCUUCUCCCGCUACAUCAAGCGCAUGAGGCAGAGCAAGGAGGGCGAGGAGGUGUACAGCUGGUCAGAGUCCCAGGAUCAGGUGUUCCUCCGUUGGACUAGUGGGGAAACAGCCACWAUGCACAUCCUUGUGGUUCAUGCCAUGGUUAUUCUCCUGACACUGGGGCCACCUCAAGCAGGGGAUGGUGAUUUUUACACCUUACUGGAUAUAUGGUUCCCGGAGAAAAAGCCCCUUCCUACUGCUUUUCUGGUUGACACCUCAGAGGAGGCUCUGCUGCUCCCUGACUGGCUGAAGCUGCGGAUGAUCCGCUCCGAGGUGCCACGCCUCGUGGAUGCAGCCCUGCAGGACCUGGAGCCACAGCAGCUGCUUCUCUUUGUCCAGUCCUUUGGAAUCCCAGUUUCCAGCAUGAGCAAACUUCUGCAGUACCUGGAUCAGGCAGUAUCUCAUGACCCACAGACAUUGGAGCAGAACAUCAUGGACAAGAACUACAUGGCUCAUCUUGUGGAAGUUCAACAUGAGAGAGGAGCAACAGGAGGCCAGACUUUCCACUCCCUGCUUACUGCCUCCUUACCAGCCCGUAGAGACAGCGCUGAGACUGCAAGGUCAAAAUCUAGUCCUGAAAACUCUCAAAGUCAGAGCCGGAUCCGGGCCUUGAGCCAGGUCCGUGUUCUGGGCCCAGAAGAUGAUCUGGCAAGCAUCUUUCUGCAGCUCUUCCCGCUGACCCCGGAUCCUCGGUGGCAGAACUCCAGCCUGCGGCCGCUGGCCCUGGCACUGCAGCAGGCGCUGGGACAGGAGCUGGCUCRCAUCCGCCAAGGGACUGUGCCAACCAGCGGYGUCACGGGCAGCGGUGUCAYGGGYGGUGUCAUCACGAGCARCRGUGUUUCUGCCAGCAGUGUCAYGGGCAGUGUCAUCACGGGCACCGGYGGCACGGCCAGCGAUGUCACAGGCAGUGUCAUCACRGGCASCGGUGUCACGGGUGGUGUCAUCAUGAGCAGCGGUGCUUCUGCCAGCAGUGUCAUCACAAGCAGUGGUGUCACGGGCAGCAGUGUCAUCACGGGCACCGGUGCCACAGGCAGCAGUGUCACGAGCAGUGUCAUCACGAGCAGCAGUGUCACAGGCAGUGGCAUCACGGGCAGUGGCAUCACGGCGCGGCUGCUGCAGGCGCUGGCAGCUCUGCUCAACUCCGCGCACGGCGGCGCCCUGGUCAUGGCCAUGCACCGCCAUCACUUCAUCUCCUGCCCGCUCAUGCGCCAGCUCUACCAGUACCACCGCUCCAUGCCACAGGACACUGCCUUCUCCUCSCUCUUCUUCAAAGUGCUGAUGCAGAUGCUGCAGUGGCUGGAGAACCCYGCCGUGGAAGAUGGUCCCCUGCGUGCUCAGCUGAAGGCCUUUGCUGUGCAAUACUCCUCAAGGCACCGGAUCAAUGAUGUUCGAGGUGGCUUCCUGCACCUGACAGAAGCUCUUACUUUCCGACGUGACCCUGACCUGAUCAGCUCCACRGUCUGUGCCAUCAUUGCAACCCUGAAAUCAGGAGAGAAGUGUAAUGUGGAGCCAGAGCUCAUCAGCAAAGUCCUUCAGGGUCUGAUUGAAACUCACUCUCCAUACCUGGAGGAGCUCCUGACUGUCCUGUUCUCAGCUACUGUUGAGACCACUGCCAGGUGUCCUGCCAUGAAACCAAUUGCUGUGGUGUGCUCCUUGCUGCUCCAGGACAAAGAAGAAACACCGGUGAAGAAGGAGGUGGAGAGCUGCAGUGCUGAAUCAGCUUGGCCAGGGCCUGCCUCGGGCCUUCUCAAUGACUGGCUGGAGAUGUUGGACCCUGAGGUCAUCAGCAGCUGUCCUGACCUCCAGCAGAAGCUSCUGUUCUCCUGGAACAAAGCAGGGUCCCAGGUGCCCUCCUUCCGCCCGUACCUCUUGGCUCUUCUGACCCACCAGUCCAGCUGGACCACACUGCACCAGUGCAUCAGGCUUCUGCUUGGCAGGAGCAGGGAGCAAAGGUUUGACCCAACUGCAUCCUUGGAUUUCUUGUGGGCCUGUAUUCACAUUCCUCGGAUCUGGCAGGGAAGGGACCAGAGAACUCCUCAGAAGCGCCGUGAGGAGUUUGUGCUGCACCUGAAGGCAUCAGAAUUGAUCAGCAUGGUGGAGCUGAUCCUGGCUGAAGCAGAGACCAGAUACCAGAACACUGACGAGGCCUCCUGCACACUCAUCCAGUCUCGACUGCCACUGCUGCUCAGUUGUUCUCAUGGAGACCUGGAAAAYGUCAAAAAAGUAACAGAAUAUUUGACCAGCUGCAUCCAGCAGUGGGGKAGCAGCUCUGUGGGGAAAUGCUGCCAGGACCUUCUGCUGCAGAUAUACCUGCAGCUACCUGAGCUCCUUGUGCCUAUGCCUGAGAUGCUUCUUACCAGYGAAGGAGCCAGGGACAGCAGCACUUGCAAGCUCGAUGCCCUGGUUCACAGAUUCAUUAACCUCCUCGCAGACACCAGUGACUCCAAGUCAUCCGAAAGCCGYGUGUGGGAUGCCAAUAUGGCCUGCAGGAAGCUGGCUGUGGCUCAUCCCAUCCUCCUCCUUAGGCASUUGCCAAUGAUUGCAGCACUGCUGCAUGGCCGCGUUCACCUCAAUUUCCAGGAAUUCAGGCAGCAGAACCACUUGACCUUCUUCAUCCACGUCCUGGGGAUCCUGGAGCUGCUCCAGCCGCAGGUCUUCCAGAAUGAGCACCAGGCGGCACUCUGGGACUGUCUCCUSUCCUUCAUCCGUCUGCUGCUGAACUACAGAAAAUCCUCRCGGCACCUGGCUGCUUUCAUCAGCAAGUUUGUGCAGUUCAUCCACAAGUACAUCACAUGCAAUGCCCAGGCAGCUGUCUCCUUCUUGCAGAAGCACUCGGAUCCACUCCAUGACUUGUCAUCAGACAACAGUGACCUUGCAAUGCUGAAGUCCCUCCUGGCUGGGCUGAGCCUGCCYAGUAAGAGUGGCAUCUUGGACAGGGGCUCUGAUGAAGAGAAGGAUGAUGAAGCAGCUGCUGGCUCUCUCCCCCUGGUCAGYGUGUCCCUCUUCACUCCCCUGACCCCAGCUGAAAUGGCCCCGUAYAUGAAGAGACUCUCCAGAGGCCAGACAGUGGAGGACAUCCUGGAGGUGCUGACAGACAUUGAUGAGAUGUCCAGACGGAGGCCAGAAAUUCUUGCYUUUUUUGCUACAAACCUACAGAAGCUGAUGAGUUCAGCAGAGGAUUCCUGUCGGAACCUGGCCUUCAGCCUGGCUUUGCGCUCCAUCCAGAACAACCCCAGCCUUGCUGCAGAUUUCCUGCCCACCUACAUGUACUGCCUGGGCAGCCGGGACUUCGAGGUGGUGCAGACAGCGCUGAGGAACCUGCCYGAAUACACCCUCCUUUGCCAAGAGCACGCUGCAGUGUUGCUGCACAGGGCCUUCCUGGUGGGAAUGUAYGGCCAGAUCGACACCAGCUCUCAGAUCUCAGAGGCCUUGAAGAUUCUGCACAUGGAGGCCAUGAUAUGAACAUGUGGUUCUGGGAAUUUCACUUCCAGAGGAGUUAUUUUAAUGGAUUCAUCAGCUGCAUUACAGAARAACAGUGUAUUGCACCCCAUGUGCUGGAGGAUCAAAGAGGUGAUGAGGCAGGCCAGACUGUGCUGGAAAAGGAGAGGGUGCUGACUGAAGAUYAGAAAGGGGCAAGGAUCAUUCUGGCUGGUUGAGAUGCCAUUAUUGUGGGAGAAAAAUCUCCUGAACAUUGUGCCAAACAGGGACCACUUCCUUCAUGGGGUCUUGGGGCAGUGGCUGCCCGUUUGUUGUUUAGGGUUUUUUGUCAGUCCAAGAAGGCAGAGCUGCUGAGAGAACAGAAGGGAGUGAAUGAUGGCCCUUGCACUUGAAGUGUCUGRACUCUCUGUGUUGGAGAGAACAUUCAGAUUUGUGCAGGGGAAGAGACCACUUUGGUUUCUGGGGGCGGGUGGUUUUUUUUUUUUUUUUUUUAUUUUAUAAUUAAAAUUCUCUUUGUUUCCA